AUGGCGGAAAAGCAAAUCGUCACCAGCGAGGACAACCCCCCAACCAGUCGGGGGAAGCCCGAGGGCGGCGCACACGCCGCUCCCGGUUCAGACGAGCAACGCCAGUACGAGCCUCUCCGCAACCCGGCUCGGCCAUCGCCGCUGUCGAGGCCCGGGUCGGCAACGUCCAGCUCCAUACGGCGCAUGCGGUCCAACAAUGGCCACGGAUGCGAUGACUUGGAACCCGGCACCGACGAGUCCGACACAACCGCCCAAGGUGACGCGGCCGCUGACAAGGACCCCUUUGAAGUCGCUUGGGACGGCGAUGACGACCCCUUGUGCCCACGUAGCAUGUCGUUGCUGCACAAAUGGGCCAUCGUCAUGAUUGUCGGAUUGGGAAGCCUCUGCGUGACCUGCGCGAGCUCUAUAUACACCUUUACGUACGAGCAGAUGGACCCCGAGUUUGGCAUCUCGAGGAUAGUCGCCACUCUCGGUCUUUCAACAUUCGUCCUCGGAAUCGCUCUCGGGCCCCUCCUCAUGAGUCCACUUAGUGAGUUCUAUGGCAGGCGUCCAAUCUACCUGGUCUCUUGGGCCAUGUUUUUGAUCUGGAUCAUCCCCUCUGCCGUGGCUCAGAAUGCCGAGACAAUGCUUGUGGCUCGAUUCUUUGAUGGGUUUGCCGGCAGUUCAUUUCUCAGUGUUGCGGGCGGAACCGUCAGUGACAUAUUCCGGCGAGAUGCCAUCCAGGCCCCGAUGAGCAUUAUCUCGCUGAGCCCGCUUAUCGGCCCGAGCCUAGGGCCCCUGCUGGGUGGCUUCAUCAAUUCAAAUACCAACUGGCGAUGGACGUAUUACUUUCUCAUCAUGUGGUCGGUCGUGAUGCUGGUGUGCAUCGUACUAUUCGCACCAGAGACAUAUCACCCCAUCAAGCUGCGGGACAAGGCGCGCAGGCUCCGGGAGGAAACCGGGGACGACCGGUGGAAAGCACCGAUGGAGAAGAUGGAGAAAUCCAUCCCCAGGACGGUCGGCUACUCUCUACUGCGGCCGUUCCAGCUGUUGGCAUUCGAGCCAAUGUGCCUCUUCCUCGAUCUCUUCGCGGCCAUUCUGCUGGGGAUCCUGUACCUGUUCUUCGGGGCGUUUGGCGUGGUAUUCGGGGACGUGUACGGAUUCAACCUGUGGCAGACGGGCCUGUCCUUCCUGGGCAUCUUCUUCGGGAUGAUCAUGGCAUCGGCCAGCACCCCGAUCUGGCGCCGUGUUCAUGGCCGGCUCGUGGCAGAGAAUGGUGGGCGCUCGGAGCCCGAGUACCAGCUCCCCUCGGGAAUCGCGGGAGCCGUGCUUGUGACGGCCGGUCUCUUCAUGUUUGCGUGGACUGCAUACCCGUGGGUACACUGGAUCGUCCCGAUCAUAGGGUCAGGAAUAUUUGGCUUGGGGGCGCUCCUCGUCUUUACUAGUAUCUUUACGUUCUUAGUUGAUGCUUACCCCCGAUACGCCGCAUCUGCCCUGGGAGCGAACGCCUUUACCCGAUGCGCAUUUGCAGCGGCCUUUCCGCUGUUUGGCUUACAGAUGUACCACAAGCUGGGGCACCAGUGGGCAUCAAGUCUGCUUGCGUUUUUGACGCUAGCCAUGUUGCCGUUCCCGUACCUCUUCUUCCGCUACGGGAAACGACUGAGGAAGAAUAGCAGAUUUGCUAGCUAA